GCUGAAGGAGUCUGAAUGAUGCAGCCUGCAGACUGAAUGACCGAUGGAGCGCACAUGUGAAGCUGGAUCAAGCGGAAACGAUGAACAGCGGGGCAGAAAGGUGACCAUAACAGAACAUGAUUUAAAAUCUGAGCUGCCAGCUGAGCCGCUGUUGCCUGAGACAGAUGAAAGGUGGUUCCCAAACUGACUGAGGAGAUGUUUACAGGCAACAAAUGUGUUUUACUGAGCUUUAGAGAGCGAGACUAUUUGAGCAUCAGAAAGUAGAAAACAAAAAAACAACGAAUGUCAUCUGUCAUGUCCUGUUUUACCUUUGGAGACUUGCGCGUAAAGACCAAACCGAGGGCGCAGCUUUGCGCACACUUUAAGGUUACACCUAUAGUCUGAUCCGCCUGCGUUAUGCUGAAUGGACCCACCUUUCGCCGAUACGACCCGAUGCGACUGGUCGACUCAAGGCACCUCCCGCAACUGAUGUCCUUGAAAGACCAUGAGCCCACCAUGGCGGGAGGGACCCUGGAGCCCCGCAACUCUUCAGCGGCAGCGGGCGAGGAAGGGGCCCCGGGUCAGCAGCAGCACUCCUUCCCUUGGGUGCCCACCGUGCUGGCCGGCGUCCUCAUCACGACCAUCGUAGUGGAUGUUAUCGGAAACCUGCUGGUGAUCGUGUCCGUGUUCAGGAACAGGAAACUCAGGAAAGCAGGAAAUGCCUUUGUGGUUAGCUUGGCCUUUGCUGACUUGGUGGUCGCCAUCUAUCCUUAUCCACUGGUCCUGACAGCCAUCUUCCAUAACGGCUGGAUUGCAGGUUAUAUCCACUGCCAGAUCAGUGGCUUCCUCAUGGGCCUCAGUGUCAUUGGCUCCAUCUUUAACAUCACAGGCAUCGCAAUCAACAGAUACUGCUACAUCUGCCACAACCUCAAAUAUGACAAGCUUUUCUCCAGUAGCAACACUAUGUGCUACGUUAUGCUUGUCUGGACGCUGACAAUCAUAGCCAUUGUGCCCAAUUGGUUUGUGGAAUCGCUGCAGUAUGACCCAAGGGUGUACUCCUGUACGUUUGCGCAGUCAGUUAGCUCGCUGUACACCAUUACAGUUGUGGUGGUGCACUUCAUUCUGCCAAUGAGUAUCGUCACCUAUUGCUAUCUGCGCAUCUGGAUUUUGGUGAUUCAAGUCAGACGGAGGGUAAAGCCGGACUCACGACCCAAAAUAAAGCCCCAUGACCUUCGGAACUUUCUCACCAUGUUCGUGGUGUUCGUGCUGUUUGCUGUCUGCUGGGCACCACUGAACCUGAUUGGCCUGGUGGUGGCGCUGGACUCCAGGUUAAGCCGGGCCAUACCAGAGUGGCUGUUCACAGCCAGCUACUUCAUGGCGUAUUUCAACAGCUGCCUCAAUGCCGUCAUCUACGGUGUCUUGAACCACAACUUCAGAAAGGAGUAUAAGAGGAUUGUCCUGAUUAUCUUUAAGUUUCACUGCUGAGAUGAAAUGGCGAAACCAGACACAAUGAACAGUGUUCUUUGUUUUGUUUUUUUAACAUUACUCCCAAGAGAAAAGUUUUAAAAGCCAUGAGGUAAACAUAUAAAAUGAUAUAAGAAAAGCAGACUAAUAAAAACAACACUGUGAAACGAAGAAGAAACAACAUGCAGUAUGAAAUUUAAAAACUGUGGAACUUCAAUCGUUGGAUAAAGAUGAACUAAAAUAAAUUAUACCAUAGUAAGAACUAUCAAAGCUGCCUUCAAGGAAACUGAGACUUUUCUUAAAAAAUGUAACCAGAGAUCAGAUGUAACUCUUAGUAAUUGUCUCCCUAUGACUGUCUUUGGAAGAAUGCUAAAAGCUCAAUACAUAUAGUUGAAAGUUGUUGACUACUCAUGUUUUUACCCAGCAUACAAUUCAUUUAAAUGUUGAAAUGUGAAAAUAUUGCCCAUCUUCCUCUGCCUGAUUCAUUUUGAUGUAGAACAUGCUGCUGAACUUCUUUGAAACUGUGACCUUUUUUAAAUGAUUUUCUGAAUGAAAGGAGGUAAAUGCCAAAAUAGGAGAAAAAAAAAGUAAUUUAUGUCAUCAAGAUUCUAUUUUCUCAGCAUAGUCUGAAAUUAUUUGCAAAUAAAGGUACUUUAAAGGGACAGUGUGUAAGAUUUCCGUCCAUCUAGGGAUAAAGGCCAAGAAUCAUCACUCGGGUCAAAUCAGUUCAAAUAAGCAAUGAACACAUGGAACAUUUCUCUGACAACAAGGCAGAGAGGGAGACUAACUACUGAACUACACUUCCUUGUUUUUAACAUAACGCUGAAAUAAAAUUCACUUUUCACAUACCCAGCAUAUAGCCUGCGACAUCUGUGUCCAUUUUAAAGCAACCACUCCCUCAUAAAUUGUCCCAACCAAAUAAAAGCUGCACCAAUGUAGACUUUUUUGUUUUCUUCUGGUUAUUACUUUGUUUCUUUUUUUGGUUUGUUUCUCUUCCCUAUCACUGCACAAAGAGUUACUGAUGGCCGUCAAUUGCUUCAGAUCUGAAAGGUAGAAUGACCUAGGGUUAUUUUGGCUUGUUUUACAGUCCUCCACCACCGAGAACACAUUUUAUAUACAGGUAAAAUGAGUAAAGUUGACAACUUUGUUCCAUUUUUUCUCCUCUGAUCAAAAAUGGCAGCCUAACCAAGCUUCUAUCAUUUAGCGCACCACCCCCUAUACUGUAUAUUUAUAAAUUCCUUUUCCAAAGUGUGUGAACCCUUUCUAUAUUGGAUGUGAUGUUAAAAGUCUUUCACAAAAAACAAAUUCAUUUUACACUACUUGAUUUUUACUUAUAAAAAGGUACAUUUUUUACUCA